UAACCCAGUCAUCAGUCGCUGAAAUCCCUCUCAGUAUCAACUACUUUCGACUUCUUGUAAUCAACAAAAACAAACCAGCAACUUCGACAUGAACUUCUACAAGAUCUUCGUUUUCGUCGCCCUCAUCUUGGCCAUCAGUUUGGGACAAUCGGAGGCUGGCUGGCUAAAGAAAAUUGGCAAGAAAAUUGAACGUGUUGGCCAGCAUACUCGAGAUGCCACCAUCCAGGGUCUGGGAAUCGCGCAACAAGCUGCCAAUGUGGCAGCAACUGCUCGGGGUUAACUGCGAUGAAUAUCCGUCAAAUAUGGAUAUAAAUUUAAACUAUUAUUUAUUCUAUGGCUCUAAGUAAAUAAAAUUUCUGAGAAAAAGUA